ACCGCGACCCUUGACACACUAGCGCGUCGCGCGUCUUCUCGCCCCGUGACCGCAACCGGCAUCAUCACGCACGGAGCGCUAGUUUACGGCGGGGUCGGAGGCCCGGGGCUUUGCCCUCCGAGAGGCCCUGACCACCCGCCCCUCGAACUCGGCUUUCGCGGUAGUUGGAGGGAAGAUGAGCAUUUGCCUUCGACUCCCGCGAGUCAGGCCGCGUCGACGCAGAGCGGUUCCUCCGCGACGGAUAAAGGCCAGAAUGUGGAGUGCGUGGUCUGCGGUGACAAGUCCUCCGGGAAACACUACGGCCAGUUCACUUGUGAGGGCUGCAAAUCGUUUUUCAAGAGAUCCGUCCGGAGAAACCUGACGUAUUCGUGCAGAGGAAACAGGAGCUGCCCCAUUGACCAGCACCAUAGAAACCAGUGUCAGUUCUGCAGACUAAGGAAAUGUCUCAAAAUGGGCAUGAGAAGAGAAGCUGUCCAAAGAGGUCGAGUGCCUCCAUCGCAGCCGCCCGGCCUGGGACUCCCUGGCCAGUUCACCCUAGGCAACGGUGACCCCGGCGCCGGACUCAACAAUCAUCCAUAUCUCUCGUCGUACAUAUCGCUGCUACUGCGGGCGGAGCCCUACCCCGCCUCGAGAUACAGUCCAUGCGUCCAACCAACGAACGUCAUGGGCAUAGACAACAUCUGCGAGCUCGCUGCCAGACUGCUUUUCUCCGCCGUCGAAUGGGCGAGAAACAUCCCCUUCUUCCCCGAACUGCAAGUUACGGACCAAGUCGCCUUACUGAGGCUCGUCUGGUCGGAACUGUUCGUGUUAAACGCCUCUCAGUGCUCCAUGCCCCUCCACGUGGCCCCCUUACUGGCCGCCGCGGGACUGCACGCGUCCCCCAUGGCGGCCGACCGAGUGGUCGCCUUCAUGGACCACAUCCGCAUCUUCCAAGAGCAGGUGGAGAAGCUGAAGGCGCUCCACGUGGACUCCGCGGAGUACUCCUGUCUGAAGGCGAUCGUCCUCUUCACGACAGAUGCGUGCGGCUUAUCAGACGUGACGCACAUAGAGAGCCUUCAAGAAAAAUCUCAGUGCGCCCUCGAAGAAUACUGCAGGACCCAGUACCCGAACCAGCCCACGAGGUUCGGGAAGCUUCUCCUCCGGCUACCCUCGUUACGGACCGUCAGCUCCCAAGUGAUAGAACAGCUCUUUUUCGUGAGGCUAGUUGGAAAGACGCCCAUAGAAACGCUAAUCCGCGACAUGCUGCUCUCCGGUAACACGUUCUCAUGGCCUUACAUGGCGACCAUGUGACAUACGAUGUGGAGGCAGCUGGCGGCGGCCUGAUCCACGCCCUACGGCUUUUCGCCGUACCUGCCGACCCAGAGGUUUGACCCGUUCCAGCGAUACCAGCGCGAGGCUCAGCCUGAGGACGCCGUCACGUCCUCGAGCGAGUUCCAAGAGGCCGCCGAAACGGACUACUUCGCCCGCGGCAGAUCAAGCGAGAGAGCCGACCCCUGCCCCACAUUCGAUCCCCUGUCAGCGUUCUACGCGCCCAAAACGACCGAAGAAUGCUUCGAAGUGGCCACCAGCACCAUCGAGACGCAGAAACAAGUCCACAAGUCGUUGACCAUCGACAAUCUCCUCAACACGCGAAGUCAGGACUCGUGUUCGAUCCAGGAGAUGAAACAGUGACUUUCAAGUGAGGGGGCAUUAGCGUUAAUUAGUUAAAGUUAUUUUGUUCCUCUGUAAAAAAAAAAAACAAACAUAUAUUUAGGAUAGAUUUAAUAUUUAAUGAAGUGUACAUAAAAUGUUCUAUUAAUGUAAAUGUUUAGGUUUUUAAGAGACGGAUGUUUUUUACGAAAGAUAAUUUUAUAAAAUUUUCUCUGUUUCUCUAGAUGAACUAAACAAAAAAAAAAAAGCAAUCUCGAAAGUUUUAAUGCCACGUAAUGUGCGAUCCUCGUGCAAUGUGUUUAUAAUAGCUAUAAGUUUUGUUCAAUUAAUGAACAUUAAUAUUUUGGAUGUACUGAAAUAGAUAAUAUUUUAAAUGCAGUACAUUAACGAAUGCAUAAAAAUUACUGCGACGAUGCCUUCAAUGCUUCGUGUCUUCUCAUAUAAACCAUGUUUAAAUAAACUACAAUCAAAAUACUACAUUAAUGUAUUCAAGAAGAAAACCUAUAUUUUACAUAUAACACGUGUUUUCUUAAUUGAAAGCCAAACAAAAAAACAAGAUAGCAAUGUCUGUCUGUAACAUGAAGAAAAUGAUAAAAUUUUAAUUUAAUUUUAAUUUUUGGAAUACAAUCAACCAAUCAUUGUUCGGGAUUUAAACUAUUAUCUAAUUGUAUGCGUGUGUUUUAUCUUUUUUUUUAUUUUCACUGGUGCUCUACCUUAUAGUUUUUAUUAAGAUUCCAUAAAGCAUUUAUUUUAUACUUUCUAUACCUUUCCUUAUGUACUACUAUCUACAAAUAGCGGUGUACGCUUUUUUUUUAUUGUUGGAAUUGAUGCACUAUGGCGCCUUUCAGUCAAAAUUAGCCGCAUUUCUUCAAAAACGAAUGUCAUGUUUUUGCAAUGGAAUUUCUUGACAAAGAUCCUAUCGACUUUGUUGAAAAGACAUUAAAAAAAGGAAUUGUAAGUGUAAUUAAUUUGUUGUAAAUAAUUGUGUGCAAUAAGUCUUUCCUACACGUAUUUCAGAAAGUAGGGAGUAAACUUAAAAAAAAAACAGUUAAUAUGUGUACUGCCAAAAUAAAAUAAUAAAAAAAAAAUUAAAAAUACAUACAAAAUGUUUUUAUUUAACUACUAACCAUUUGUAUUUAUGAAAUAAAUAAAAUGCAAUAUAUCUUAAGUUUAACAGAAUUUUUGACAGAUUUAAUGGUUUACGUAUAUAGAAUUCCCGCCAAUAACUUACUCAUAUUCAACUCUAGUAUGAGAGAGACAAACAGAACCAAUCUAUUCAUUGUUGUAGAGCGCCAUCUUUGUCGUUUGAUUCACGAUUCAUUAACAAAACGUCACACGCGCACAAACAAAAGAGAUGACGCUCUACAAAAUCAGCCUUUGUCUCUUUCUAAAUAGCUACAUUAAAAUUUUCGUAAUAUUGUUAUUUUUUAUCGAUACGUUAUACCUUGAUAAGGUAAAACUUAAUAUAUAUAAAAUCCCUUCAAAGGUUGCAUAAUAAAAAUCAAUGUAUUUAUUCUCGGUAAUAAUUGAUUGUACAGUUUAAUGUAAAAUACAAUAUAUUAGGUGCGCGUAAGAGAACGGAAUUGUGUAUAAAGAAUAAAAAUAAAUAUUGACGAGCGAAAUGUCUCUAUGGAUUUUAA